UAUGAUAACCUCAGACAAGAAAGAUUUUGGAGAUAGAUGUAAAAGCUGCUUCAUGCAAUAUUAAUUUGAUGCAAAAUGCAACCCUUCUGAACAGUUAAGAAUAACUUUAUAAUGCGGGAAUUGCUCUGAGGUUUAAUUAUUAACGGAUGGACCUGGUGACUGUCGGCUGAGACAUCAUUUACGACCGGCGGUGAGACAGACGAGGCGGGACCGGGAUGGUGGAGCGGUCGGACCGAGCCCCUCUGCUGGACUGGGAGGAGGUUCCGUCCGCGGAGAAGCCCGGAGGAGCAGUACCGGCGGCAGUACACGCAAAGGACCGACUGGCGAGCCCCUCAAAGAGCCGUACUUCACCAGGAUGCUCUGCGCCGGGGUGGAGCAGCGGACCAGGGGGUCCCACUUCCAGCAGGUCUGUCUCCGACGGCUGCAGCGCCCCACCCGCGACCUCGGCGGGCAAGGAUGAAAACCUGCAUUCCGACAACGAGGAGCAUCUCUCGGAUCCAGGAUCAACAGAGGAGUCUUUGGAUGACAGGAUGGUGAAAUGGGAGGAAAAGGACCAGAUCGUGUCGGUCUUUGUGGUUACGUUCAACACCAGAUCAGGAAACAUGCUGGAGUGGUGUCUGCCCAAAGACAUGGACCUGGAGGGAGUGGAAUUCAAAGCCAUCGCCAGCGGCUCCCACAGGGUCACCACAGACUUCAUAUACUUCCGGAAGGGCUCCUACUUUGGCCUCGCCUGCUUUGCAAACAUGGCGGUGGAGAGCACGGUGGAGAGGGGUGCGAGGAUGAAGUCGGUAGGGAUCCUGUCGCCUUCCUACACCCUGCUCUACCGCUACAUGAGCUUUCUGGAGCAUCAGGUCAGGCUUCAGCUUCAGACCCCAGGCCACUACUCACCUCUGGAGGCCUUUUAUGAGGACAAGAGAGCAAUACUGCCCCCCAGCGGUGAUGGUGUUGUUAGUGCAUGUCCAGCCAACGCCUGGGGGGCUGCAAUCAACCACAGCAUGCACCCUGAGAUGAAGAUCACCCACCCAGCAGGCUGCAUGUCCCAGUUCAUCCGCUUCUUUGGGGAGCAGAUUAUGGUGCUGUGGAAACUGGCUCUCCUCCGCAGGCGCAUCCUUAUCUUCUCCCCGCCACCUGUGGGCGUGGUCUGCUACAGAGUGUACUGCUGCUGUUGCCUGGCAAACAUUUCCAUCCCAGGGAUCGGUGUGGCUGUGCCCGAGUUCCGCCCCUUCUUCUACGUUAACGUGGCCGAUAUCAGCGCUCUGGAGAACGAGCUCUCCUACGUAGCGUGUACUACUGAAAAGAUCUUUGAGGAGAAGAAGGAUCUGUAUGAUGUGUAUGUUGACAAUCAGAAUGUAAAGACCUACAGGGAUGGUUUGAAGCCUCUGCUCCGCCUCAGCACCGCAGACAGGGAGAAAUAUCGCAAGCUCACUGAACAGAGGCAGAUGUUGCUGUACUCCCAGGAGGAGAAUGGAGACUGUGUGUCCAGUGAAGAGGAUCUUUUUAUUCUGUUUUUCCUGGAGCAGAACAACAGGAUUUUCCAGACCCUCAGCGAGGUGGCAGCUAGCCCCGAUCCCACGCUGACCCAUGAGAGUGUGAGGGCCAUGGGUCUGGAUCCCCAUGGAGACAGGCUCUUUCUGCUUCACCUGCUGGAGAUCUAUGGCUACGACACCUUGCUGGUGUCCGAGCAGCUGUGCUGCAGUUGAGGAAUUAUGGACGGCUGGCUUUAUGCCUUUCACCACUGUUGGUUUAAAAAAAGGAGGUACAUUUGCCUCGAGAAAAUGUUGAGUGCUGCACUACUGGCUUCUUGGAGUCUUACAGAUUGUUUCUUUUGUCGUAUAUCCCCAGAGCUUAUUUUGUUCACCCUGGUUCUGCUCUCUCACAGCCUUAUGGCCGGAGCAACAAUCAGUCAACUCAUUUAUUAUAACAAGAAAUGUGGUCAGUUCUCCUUGAUACAGCCUCAUGCAGAUGCAUUUCUCUGAAAAUGAUACCCUGGAUUGGAUACAGCUGCAGUAUUUUAACACUGAUGUGUGUUUGAAUGCCAUGGAGGGCAGGGCCAAACCCAAGAGGAGAUCAAUAAAAUACUAAAGUGGCCUGAACUGCACUCAACAUCAAGUAGAGAGAGAAAGCAAGAGACGUCCCUCAAGAUGUCCUCCUGUGAUUUGGAGAAUUUCUGUGAACAAAACGGAGGAGUGAUGUAUGAAAGUGAAGAAGAGAGGUAGCCAUCCUGUAGAUAAUCCGGUUUUUCCCCCUUUAUGUAUAGUGUGUCAACGUAUGUGUGAUAUGGGUCUGCCCCUCUGCCAAUGUUGCUUUCCUUGUAUCAAGUGCUGGAUUUAAACAUCUCAUUUUUUAAGCCUCCGUGUUAAAAUCAGGGCGCACUUUCUUGAAACGUAUGUCACUACAAGCAGGUCAAACCACUUCUGUCUUUAAGAGCCAUGUCUGUAAUAAGCACUGAGGUUUAACUUGACCAUAACCAGCUUGCCAUUUAAUUUUAAGACAAAUAGUUUUUGCCCUGAGCUAAGACCAAAUCAUAUUUUCUAUUGAUGUCAAAAAGGUAAGGUUGAUUAUGCCCACAGAGGUGAUUUGAAAUCUUAUGUGCACCGACCCCGUCUGCCUGGCCUCCAGUUCGCAAGAAGGCACUGCUACAGAAAGAUGCUUGUUUGGUCUCUCAUGCUUUCCCCAAUAUGUCUAGUUGUGUUUUUGACAGGCCUUUAAGGGUUGAGUAGUUAAAGGAUUCCUGAGAUAAUUUAAUUAACAACUCCUGUCUGCAGAUUAGAUUAUAGAGAGCCAGUUUAAACACAAUACUAUCACUAAAGCUUUUCACAUGAAGCACAAUUAGCAUAUGCUCAUCAGCAAGGUUGUUAUCUUAUGUUGUGUAUUGCUGUAAAAAACAAGUGUUCCUCAGUCAAGAAGUAAGAACCUUACAGCUGUAUUAAUCAAAUUGACAAUGGAGGAAAACUUGAGUAAUUCAUACUCUUUUAAGUUGUGACAUCAUCUCUGUCUUAAUGGCUGACGUGUUAGAAGUUAUCGGACAUUAGCAUUCACGUGGAGGCCUGAUUCUUCAAUCUCUAUUUUGGUCUUCACCAACUUCUGAGAAAAUUAGCUUUGAGCUGCUAGUUGUCCCACUGUCCUUACUAGCUAGCUUUAGCUGCUCACUUCAAUGAUUAGUGCAAUAGAGGUAGCAUACGAUAGCUUUAUGAGACAGUUCUGCUGAAAACAAUUGAAGAUGGAAACAUAAUACAUGUUCAAUAAAACCAGAACUAGUUAAACCUCAUAAAGCUACAGGGAUUAGCGAGCAACCUUGCAUUCCUAGCAAGUUAGUGAGCUACAUUCCAUGUAGUUAUUUGGGCCUCUGUUGUAAUACAUCCUGAUUAAUGCAGCUUUAAGCAGUUUUCCCUUUGAAGGGAUAUAUGAUCUUAGCCUGCAUACAUCCAUUGAUCAGGUAUUGUUUUGAUUGCUCAGAAAAAUCCAUUUAGGGGUGGAAUGACCCAACCAUCACAACGCAAAUGCCACAAUGAAAGACAUGCGUCGAGAUCAAUUCUGUUGACAUGACAAAAAAGUAAAUCAUCGUGUUAACUUGCAUUUAAAUGGGAUGUUUCCUCUUUCUGAUUGAAACAUAUAUCUCACAAUAAGCUUACCCACACAAGAGAUGCUGUACAACUAAUAAUUAGUAUUUUAUGUUUUACAGGGAUCAUUUUGAUCUUUCUUUUGAGUUUUAGCUGUGAAAUGUUUCGAGUGUAAAUAUUAAAUUGCUGUAACUUUAUCUGUGAAGAAAUGGGAUCAGUUGAAUGUGUUUUAUAAGGCAAUUAUGAUCCCACAGAGCCUCUGUGUAUCACUGAUGCAAUUAUGUGUUCAACUGUCCACUGUAAGAAAACAACCUUGAGAAUAUUUUCACGUCACAUCGCAUGGCACCUUAGAUCACGUGUACAUAGCUGAAGCAGCCAUUGUAGUUGAAGGGAUUGUCCAACUCAUGUUAAAAUUCCUUCACUUUAUUUAUUUUACUGUAAACCAUUUCAGAAAUAAAGUGCAAU